AUGGUCGAUCCAGUGGAGAAGACAUUUGACUCUGUGUACUACCUGGGACAGAGGGCCCAGUACGCGUUCAACAGCGCUGUGGGCACCGCCAGUGAGGCAUCGUCUGCCGUUUCUGACAAGGUUGUGUCAGUCUGUGAUGGGUUAUACAAGAUCACUGGCUUAGGCGGUGAAGGUCAAGCAUCGGAACAAGGACAUGGUAUUAUUGGUGCUGGUGGUAGUGGUAAGAUUUGGGGGAUAGAUGGUAUUAAAACAUUUCAAAGAAAGAAUAAACUGGUAUCGACCUUAAUAGGUGCUUCUACACUAGGAAUUGCUGGUUAUUUCCUACAACAAUUGGUGAGAUCUCAACUAUUGGAAUCUUCCAAACCAAAAAGAAGAAGAGCACAGAGAUUGGAAAACGGUGCACGUAAAGACGUUGUAUUGAUUGUGGGAUCUGUCACUGAACCAUUGACUAGAUAUGUCGCUAAUGAUUUGGAAAAUAGAGGGUUUAUAGUGUACAUCACUUCAACAAAUUCAAAAGCUGAUUUGAAAUUCUUCAAUAAUGAAUCUGUUCAAGAUGUUAAGAGUUUAAUUGUAUCGAAUGAACCAAAUAAUGAUGAAUUUAAUGCGGAUCAAUUGAGAAAAUUUGACUAUUUAUUAUCAUCUGAUCAUAUUCCUUUCCAAGGUGCAAGUCCAAAUAAAUUAAAUUUAGUUGGAAUUAUAGUGAUACCAGAUUUAUUCUUCCCCUCGGGUAAAUUUCAUAUGAUUGCAAGCUCAACAUGGUCAAAUUCAAUGAAUAAUAAGAUAAUGUUGCCAUUAAAUUUAUUAACAAAUGGUCUUAUAGGAGUUGCAGAAAAAUUUGAUUCAAAUAUAAUUUUCAUAACACCAACUUUAUCAUCAUCUGUUCAAUUAACUUAUCAUUCAAUUGAAAAUAUUACAUCUCAAUUCUUACAAAACUUAUCAUUUAAUUUAUCACAAGAUUAUCCAAAUUUAAAUGUUACAAAUAUAAAAUUAGGUUCAAUAUCAGUUAAUUGUAAUAAUAGUAAGAAAAAUUAUGGUAUAAAAGGUAUAGGAUUAAAAUCUUUACAUUAUAAAAUAUUUGAUUUGAUUUAUAAUGAUGAUAAUAAUUCUAUCGAAUAUAUAGGUACAGGUUCAAGAUUUUUAAAUAAUUUUGGUGGAUUAAUUCCACGUUGGUUAAUAAGAAAUUAUUUCGAUAAUUAUUUUGGGACCCAAUGA